CGUAAAGAUCUUGAGUAUUGAAGCUUUGUAGACUGUACUCCUCAACUUCCUGAAGCGCACGUUGUGAGCUUGACAACCAUUGCAAACCUCAGCAUGCCUUCCAAGGCUGAAAUCUCGAAGCUGGUACCCACUGGGUUUGAACAGCGCACCAACACUUUGUCAACUUCCAGGAACGCGAGGGUCUCUUCCCUCAUCCGAAAAGCGAGGAGGGUCUCUUUCCCAUCAGAACAUGAGGAGGGUCUCUUUUUCGUCAGAGAUGAGAGGAGGGUCUCUUUCUUUUGGAAUGUAUAUAGAUCGUAAAGAUUGAAGCUUUGUAGACUGCACUUCUCAAGUUCCUGAAGCGCACGUAAGCUUGAUAAUCAUUGUUGCCAACUCCAGAAUGCCUUCCAAGGCUGAAAUCUCUAAGCCAAUGCCCGUGGAGGUCGAGCAGCGCACCAACACAGCGCACGACAUUCAGGCUUUCUUGGCCCAUAGGCCAUCUCGCAAUACAGUACUACCACAGAAUCCUUGGGCGGUCCAAGCAGGACAAUACGAACGGUUGGAUGGAGCCAUCAUCUACAUUGGUAGUAAUGAAAGAAUCAAGACUCGUGUCAAAGAUGUGUCUGUGGUUGCGGAGGGAAGAAGUCGAGACGAUAUCGAUAUAUGUUGUCUGUACAAGUUCCAGAGACAUCUUUUGAGACAUAUGUCUGUCGACUCGGACGAAGUUGUUCGAUACAUCAUUCUAGAGCCACAUCCUCGCGGAAAGUUCGAUACCGUUACCAUACCGCUCUCGUUUGCGCAUCCAACACAGUAUAAAGCAGCAACUAUGAGCGACUACCCUCGGCCAGACUUCGUUCGCAAUGAUCUUAAUUGGGAGUCAUUGAAUGGACCGUGGUCGUUCUUGUUUGACGACGAUGAUGCUGGUCUGGUGCAAGGUUGGCAUCUUGAAGGCCUCCCAGCCGAGGUUGCUGUAACCUCCAGCUCUGGUCACUCUGAUUCAAAUGCUGCGAAUGACGCCCAGAGUAUUACUGCCAAAAUCGCCGCUGGUACCCAAGAACUCAUCCAAGGCAACCAGCCAAAAAAAGGCAAUACCACAACGCAUAAAAAACGCGACAUUCAAGUUCCUUACGUAUUCCAGUGCCCUGCAUCUGGCAUCGAGGAAAAGGGCGUUCACGAGGUGCUGUGGUACGAAAGGGAGAUCAAGGAUCCACGAACUGCGGAGAACAAGCAAAUUGGGCACCGUGUCCUUGUAAGAUUUGGCGCAGUAGACUAUGAAGCCAAGGUUUGGGUGGAUGGACACUUCGUCGGUGGCCAUCGCGGUGGACACGUACCCUUUGACAUCGACAUCACAGAUGAGAUCUCGAAGCAGUCCACGCAUCGACUCACAUUGCGUGUUUACGAUUCGGCUUAUGACUUGACACAGCCAAGAGGAAAACAGUACUGGGGUGCACAGCCUGAGAGCAUUUUUUAUACGCCUAGUGGAGGCAUAUGGCAGAAUGUAUGGCUUGAGGUCGUUCCGUUCGUGCGCAUUGGUGACGGUAGCCAAGGCACAGUGCUGAGAAGUAAUGAUAUCGAGUCAGGAAAGCUGUUUGCCGAUAUCAGCAUCGUUGGUCGACCAGCUGGUUACAAGUAUAGCGUGGAGCUGGAAGUUAGCCUUAAGGGCACUCAUGUGAGCAAGACGAAACAGGUCGACUUGCCUCGCGAGACCAGUCUUGUCUCUUUGAGUGUUGACAUGGCAUUGUCCGAGGACGCCAAGGCUAAACUGGGCGAGUCGCUUCUCGAUUCAUUUGACGAUGUGCGGAAUGGCGUUGUGCUCUGGUCUCCAGACGAUCCGACUUUGUAUGACGUUAUCAUCCGUUUGUAUAAUGGUACUUCGGCACUUGUCGAUACCAUCCAUACCACUACAGGCAUGCGUUCAUUGUCUUGGGACGACGGGCUCUUCCGGAUCAACAACAAGCCACACUUCCAGGCGCUUUUCCUCGACCAAGGCUACUGGCUCGAUACGUUUAUGACACCACCUUCAUCCGAAGCUUUGAAGACGGACAUCGAGCUAGCCCAGAAGAUGGGUUUCAACGGCUGCCGUAAACAUCAAAAAGUUGAAGAUCCGAUCUUUCACUACUGGGCAGACCGUCUAGGUUUCCUUGUUUGGGGAGAGAUGGCGAAUGCGUACGCCUUCAGCGCUGAGUACGUCGAACGCUUCGACCAGGAGUGGCGCGAGGCCGUUCUGCGAGACAUCAAUCAUCCCUGCGUCGUCGCGUGGACUCCAGUGAACGAGAGCUGGGCUUAUACCGAUCUUGCGCACAAUCAGACGCAUAGAAAUCAUAUCAAGAGUCUCUACUAUGCGACAAAGGCCCUUGACCCAACAAGACCAAUCAACGACAACUGUGGGUGGGAGCACGUUCAGACUGAUCUUACCACUUUCCACGAUUACUCUGAUGCCGAUGCACUGACGAAGACCUGUGCGAACAUGGAAGGUAUCCUGGGACCCAAGUCAAAUAGGCCGAUAUUCCUGUCUGCGAUCGGCAAUACGCCCGGAUCGAGUCAUAAUGAAAGUGCGCCGGUAAUCUGCACGGAGUUUGGUGGAAUUAACAUUGCAAGAGAGGCUGCCGGAGCUGACGGGCAGCGUGACUGGGGCUACACAACCGCAACGGACCCCAAUGAUUUGCUAAAGCGAAUCGAGAAGAUGAUGACAGGAAUCGCGAAUCCAGGUCUUAUUGGCGGCUUUGUUUACACACAGCUUACCGACAUCGAGCAAGAAGUCAAUGGCUUGUACACACCGGAUCGGAAACCAAAAUUGGACGCAGAUGCAGUCAGACAGAUUGUGGAAGAUAUCAGAGAGAACUACUACCAGAUGCACACUCCUUAG